AUGGCCGAGUUUCCGAUCACUAAUGGCACCACAACUGUCAUCAAGGCCCCCGAGGGCUACUUGGUAGACUUUGAGCAUCCGCAGCAACAGAAAGUGCUCGAACACUACCUGGUAUUCGGUAUCUUGGGGCCCUUGGCAUUUUUGACUCUGGUCCAGAGAUUCUACACAAAGUUCUGUCUAUCCGAUGGCCCAAAGAUCGACGAUUUUCUGAUAUUCUUCGCAUGGGUUUGUUCUAUUGUCAUGCAGUCGGUGCAGAUAUGGUCUAUAUCGAUAGGGGGUUUGGGUCACCACGCCUUCGAGAUGUCCAUACAGAUAUACGAGAAGCAUAUGCUGAGCUCUUAUAUUGUUGCCCCUGUGUUUAUCACCUGCAACGGCUUGACGAAAACCUCACUUUUGACCGCCUACCUCAAUAUUUCACCCCAGAGGUGGUACCGAAACGCAAUCUUGACAGCCAUUGCGAUGGUUUCUGCAUACACUAUCAUUAUCGCAUCACUUCUCCUUUUCCACUGCCAACCGAUUCGCACAAACUGGGACCCGUACACCUCCGGAACAUGUCUAAACUCAGCAGUACUUUACAUGGCCAUCGCCGUUUCCAAUAUUGUUUCUGACGUCGUCCUUUUCAUCAUACCAAUACCCAUGGUUCUUCGCUUGCAGAUGCGGCCGGCUGUCAAAGUGGGAGCCGUGCUUAUGUUUGGCGUUGGAUCCAUAACUGUCACAACAUCUGUCGUCCGCAUGGUUUACUUGCAGUCGCUCCUUUCAUCCAAUGAUAUCCCAUGGGUAGCAGCCCCUGCAAAUGUCUGGUCGUACGUCCUCAACCCUGUCUUCUUCCAAAGUCCUCCAUUUGCCAUACUUUUAACUCAUGACUUCCCGCUCACAGUUUCGUCGAGGUGA